UCCAUCAGAGUUCACGGCUGGACCAGGCCUCUGCUGAAGCAGCAGCAACGGUAUGCUUCUUCACCACCAACAACUGAUGAGAUCGCGAUCUGCUCUGCCGACACAGCCUUUUGAGUUGCUCACGUGGCCGCAAAUACCUGCUCUGCUCCCGCUACUCGUAUUCGCACUGCAUUCACAAUCGCCAAGUAUGCCAGUGAGCACAGCGACAGCCGCAGGCACUGGCCCUGGUGUUGCACGGGCAACGCCCAAAAGCGUGCGCAUACAGGAGCCCGAACUUGAAAAGGAGCAGCGCUCAACGGCAGGCGUAUCGAGACCUUACAAGCGACGCAAAAGGGAUGCUCUCCAAUCUCAGCAUAUUUCGCCCCACCCAGCUGGCAUAAGACCUUCUGCCAAUGCCAUCUUUGAUCCCGACCACGCCAAAUUCAGAAGUUCUUCACUGGGUCAUCUGUCAGCGCUACCGGACGAAUUGCUCUUGCACACACUUGGGUUCUUGACCUCAGCUGAGCUAGCCAGGCUCUGCCGCGUCUCGAGAGCCUUGGCGGCAUACGCAGGGCAUGACGGUUCUUGGCGCGAGCGUACUCUGGCGGACAGCCAAGGAGGUUUCGUGAGCGAGUGGGCAGGCAAUUGGAGGCGCACCUACGCUCGCGUGGUGGGCAAGCAGCAAGCACUGCCUCCUUUGAGUUCACCUCCGCGAGCAGAUGGUCUUUACUCUGACGUCUUGUACAAUCAAUGGAGGCUCGCCAACACACGCUUCACGCUGCAAGACGGUUGCUCAAUCGACACGCUGCCUCAUGGCACAUCCUUUGAGCGCUUUGAUCAAGAGUAUGCAGCACAAAGGCCCGCAAUCUUCAAAGACGCUACGCAAGGCUGGAGAGCUGCCGGUUGGACGCUCGAGCAGCUAUGCGACAACGCUGGCGAAGAGCCUCUGCAAGCCGAAGCGAUGCGUGCGAAUCGAAGGACGUAUCUGGAUUAUGCCGCCAAUCAGGGAGCUCAACGCUACGAUCUGAGCGAUCCAAAGAACAUGGUGCCCGACGAAUCGCCGCUGUAUCUUUUCGAUGCUCAGCUGCCCGCUCGGAUAGAAGACAAUUGGCGUGUGCCGCAUCUGCUCGGCCUUCGGCACGAGCAGAAUGGCCAGGCUGUUGGCACAUGGGAUCAUGAUCUGUUUGGCUUGCUGGGCUUGCGUCGCCCAGACUAUCGAUGGGUCAUUGCUGGACCAGAGAGGAGUGGCAGCGGUUGGCACAAAGAUCCAAACGCAACCUCGGCUUGGAAUGCCGUCCUGUCAGGUACAAAGUACUGGCUUUUUUUGCCUCCCCACGUCACGCCUCCAGGUGUGUACGUCUCAGCGGACGAGGCCGACGUAACAGCACCGUUGAGCAUCGCAGAGUGGGCCAUCGACUUUUUGAAUAGGACGCGCACUCUGCACGGGCCACAGGGGGAUGGUUCGCUUCAAGAGGGAAGGUGUGAAGCGGGGGAUGCGGUCUAUGUGCCAGCUGGAUGGUGGCACUUGGUCGUCAACAUCACAGAAUCUGUCGCGUUCACCCAAAAUUUGGUCUCGCGAAGGGAGCUGGCUGGCGUGCUAGAUUUCAUGCAGUCUCGGCCCGAACAAGUUUCAGGUUUCAAACCCAUGACUGGCGCAGCAGACGGGGCGGCCGGCAACGACGACGACGACGACAACGAGUGCGCCCCAGCCAAUCUCUUUCGAGACUUUUGCGACGCAUUGAAGGACUACGAUGCGCCUUUGUUGCAAGAAGCUUUGCAGGAGGUUGACAAGCGUCGAAAAGUCCGUGAAGGAAGACGCGUUGCAAGAGAACGCAAUGGCAGCGGUUGGUGGGCCAGGAUGAAAGCGCAGGAGGCGGCUGAGAGCGGAAGAGCGAGCGAGCAAGAUCCGCAAGCUGAUGCGGCUACCAGUAGCAGCAUCACUGCUUCCACUGGAUUCGCCUUCGACCUGCUGGGACAAGAUGCGGAAGAAAUCGGCGAGUUGCCGUGGUAGGCAGGUAGGUAAGUCUGAGCGCCACAGCACGUUCGUGCGUCUCACCUGCUUGCGAAAGCCACAGUGCCGCUGACGACGCAGGUGCGACAAGAUGGCAACCCACUCGCAAUCACUUGACCUGAAAUGA